UACUAAUAUGAGAAAACGUUUCGUUUUUACAAAAAGAACCCUGGAGUUGGGAGUAUUCAACCCGCGAUCCUUACCUUUCGUUUUUUGCAGGGGGCGGCGGCGCUGCACUCGGGCGUCACAUCAGGCGGCGGCAGGGAGGCGGGGGGCGCGCGCGGAGACUAAAGAGAAAAUGGAGAGGCUUGAAGGAGAGGCGGGCAAGCAAGAAGGGCCGAUGCGUCGCCCACGACGCAGACGAGACCAGCGGCAGCCAGGGGCUUGCGGUGGCGCCGUCGGCGAGGACCGGUCGAUUCUCGCCGGAUCCGGUGGGAAACGGCGCGCAGGCACCGGAUCUGGAAGGAAGGCGGCCGGAGCUCGGAGCACGACGGCUGGCGGGCGUGGCAUAGCGUCGGGUACCUGUGAGAGAAGAGAGAGAUGAGCGGGAGAGAAAAGGGAGGAUGGGAGGAAGGAGAUGGGAGGCCGGAGGGAAAGAGAAGGGAGAGGUGAGGUGCGGCGGUGUCCUGCUGCUGCUUGUCGGUGGCUUGCCGGCCAUAGGCGCGAAGUGGCGGCUCUGUCCGGCGGUUUCCCAGGACAUCUACUACCGGAAGGCCAAGGAGGAGGGGCGGAGGGCUCGCAGCGCCUUCAAGCUCAUGCAGAUCGACCGGGAGCUCAACAUCUUCCACGGAGUGAAGCGUGUCGUUGACCUGUGCGCCGCUCCUGGGAGCUGGAGCCAGAUUUUGAGCCGCAAUUUGUAUCUACCGGCAAAGCUAUCAUCUGACGACAUGGUGGCCGGAAUUGAUCUGCAAUCGAUGGCUCCGAUAGAAGGUGUUAUAAAAGUGCAGGGCGACAUCACCAAUGAUCGGGCAGCGGAAGUGAUGAGAUGGAUAGAUCGACGCAUAGAUAAAUUCUUUGUAAUAAAACUUUUGCUUGUAUUGUUGUAACAGAUGUACAUAUGCUGCCAGGUUAUCAGGCACUUUGAUGGAUGUAAAGCAGACUUGGUUGUCUGUGAUGCCGCCCCUGAUGAUACUGGACUUCAUGAUAUGGACGAGUUUGUUCAGUCUUUAGUCCCAGCUUAUAUUGGCAGUUGUUUUGCGUGGAAGGGAGCUGGUAUAUUUGUAAUUGAUGUGUAUGAUGGCACGUCUUCUGAAUGCAAGCUUCGUCUCGAUAGGAGAUCCUCCAGCUUCAGUGUGUUGAAGUAUGACGGAUUGGAGAAUCAGAUGGUAGUCGCUGGAGAGGCAAGGAACUCCCAUGCUUGCAGCGAUGCACUUGGUGGGCAUUCCUUGCAUUUUUCCUGUAGAAUCACACGGUACAUGUAUUUAAUUAUAGCAAAGUCACCAUGUCUUUAUCAUGCCAGUAUGCCAAUGUGCCCAGAAAUUAGAUAACAAAGGGAAGUUAGCAAGUCA